AUGAGCACAUCGACAGCCGAGCCCUCUGGGCUCGACAAUGUCCGCCAUCGAGCAAGAGCCGCAUCGUCAAUUUCAACUGAUACCGCGCCCGAGGCUGUGACAGAAAAGGAGAGGGAGGCUCGUCCUAAUAAGACGUAUGGCCGCACUCCGGAUGGAACAGUUUUCGUCGUACCCGAAACUCACGAUAUGGUGUCACAACUCCUCGACCCCCGCGAACCUAAAAACCUCUCCGACGUUCUGGUUCUGGCAAUCCUAGCCCUACAUAUCUGGGCCGCAUACGCGCUCCCCUCAAGCCUUAAGCGCCCCAUCUUUGCUCUUAUCUUCCUCUUCUGGCGGGCUUCGUACAAUGUGGGGAUAGGUUAUCUCUUGACCGUCCAAUCCAACUAUAAGCUUAUGGUUAUCUGGGCCAAGCGGAUGCAGCUCUUUGAGAACCCGUCUACCGGCAAGAACCCACGCCCGUGGCUCUACCAGCUACUCCAAAAUGAGCUCGAGGCCAAGAUCCCCAAGGAUUACAAGAUGGCCGAGGCACCCCUCGAGUACAACACCUGGCUUGUCUUCCGCCGCGUCGUGGAUCUCAUUCUCAUGUGCGACUUUGUCUCAUACUGCCUGUUCGCCAUCGUAUGCGCCCACAAGCCGGUAAGCGAGGGCUUUGCCAUUGCUGCCGCCCGUUGGGUCAUCGGCAUCGCUCUCGUUGGCUUCAACCUGUGGGUCAAGCUGGAUGCGCACCGAGUCGUCAAGGACUACGCCUGGUACUGGGGCGACUUCUUCUACCUCAUUGAGCAGGAGCUUACGUUUGACGGUGUGUUCGAGAUGGCCCCGCACCCCAUGUACUCCAUUGGUUACGCCGGGUACUAUGGUAUCUCCAUGAUGGCAGCGAGCUACGACGUGCUCUUCAUUUCUAUCCUUGCGCACGCCGCCCAGUUUGCCUUCCUGGCCAUUGUCGAGAACCCUCAUAUCGAGAAGACGUACAAUCCGCCCCCGCCUCGCCAGCGUGCCGAGUCCGAGGUUAGCAGCUCCGAAGCCACCGCCGAGUCUUUCAGGAAAUCAACCAAGACCCCGUCGACUCCCUUGCCCGUCCACAACAUGGUUGGCGUCCACAACUUUGACCCUUUCCGCAUCACCGAUUACACCUCUGUACUCCUCGUCGGUUGCUUCGCGGCUCUUGCCCUCGUCACUCCGUCCACCCCGAUCUACCAGGCCCUUUUCGUGGUCAACGCCAUCGUUUGGCGCCUGUGGUACUCGGUCGGUCUUGGCGUCAUCUUGACCAAGCAGUCCAACGAGAAGAUGUUCACCAGGCACUUCCUCAAGUUUGGCGAAACUGCGGCGGAGGCUUGGCGUCAGUGGAAGGGCAUGUACCACUUGAGCAUGACUCUGUGCUACGUCUCAUUCCUCGCUGCGUGCUGGAAGAUGUACAACUAUCCGGCGGACUGGGGCUACGGCUGGGUCCUCCUGAAGCACGUGGUUGGCAUCAGCUUGGUGGCACUUCAGAUCUGGACCGCCACCAGCAUCUACGAGUCCCUUGGCGAGUUCGGCUGGUUCUACGGUGAUUUCUUUUUCGAUAGCACCGGAAAGCUCACUUAUAAGUCCAUCUACCGCUUCCUGAACAACCCGGAGCGCGUCAUCGGCACUGCUGGUUUAUGGGGUAUGGCCCUCAUCACCUGGAGCAGCCCCAUCUUUCUGAUUGCGCUCAUCGGGCAUAUCCUGACCCUCGGCUUCAUCUCAUAUGUCGAGAAGCCGCACAUGCAAAAGAUCUACGGCGAGAACCUGCGCCAAGAGGCCGGCCUGACAAAGUUCAUCAAGCGCUCGCUUCCCGAGCCCGUAAAGGGCCUGCAGAUGAGCGUGGACAAGGUUUGGGAGGACUCCAAGCACUUCUUCGACGACUUCGUCGAUGUCGCUCGUACAAAGCUGGGCGCCGGAUCUUCAACCAUCGCCAGGGACACGUCGGCCUUGUUCAACAAGUAUCCUGCUCGCCUCACCCUCAGCCGCAUCUCGCCUGACCUUGCCGGCUAUGACCCUAAGCACUACAGCAUCUCUAUGGAGGGCACACCUUUAGUGGGUGCCGACGAGAAGGCCACCGGCAAGGAGAGCGCCAACGCCCGUGUGUCCAAAGCGGUCAAGACAAAGGUGUUUGAGUACGGCGCGCCGAUCCGCGUCAAGUGGACCGCGCCCGCCAACCACAGCAAGAAAGAUUGGGUCGGCCUCUACAUGGUCACGGACAACCGGUCGCGCGAGGUCACCGAGGUCCCCACCCUUGGCCGCUGGGUGCCGGCCCGCCCCAGCCAGUACGACACCACCACCGACGAAGGCAUUGUCUCGUGGGAUCAACCGGCCAAGUCUCCGUGCCCGGAAGUCGACUUUGUCCAGGGCGAGAUGGUCUUCGAGGGUGAUAAGCUGUGGUGGACGCAGGGCGUCUUCGAGUUCCGCUACCACCACAACAGUGGCCACAAUGUUAUGGCCAUCUCAGAACCCUUCGAGGUGCGCUUGGCCAAGGUGGACGACGAGGACACUGAGGUAACCGGUCCUCGGGAGGUCGAGGCUGCUCUUCUGCCCAUCGUCCGCAACUGCCUGGACCGCGAUCCCGAUAUUGCUCCUGCUACUGUCGAGGAGCGGUUCGGUGCACAUGUCGAGCGGGACAGCAAGUAUGCCAAGAGGGUCGUUUACGCCAUUCAUCAUAUGUUUGGUGUUGAGUUUGCGCCGGCCGUCGUGCCGGCUGACGGAGACGUCCGGAAACUAGCUUGGCGGAUAUGCAGCGCGAAGGAAGUGCUUGCUCCCUAUAGCAUGUCUCAGAGACUACAGAGUCCGUCGACCCCUGUCCGGGACAAGUUUCCAGACUCAUUGUAA